GAGUCAGACACUCCCCCUACUACACCUGUUAGACUGGGAGGAUCAGGAGGGAGGGGAGACUGGGUAGAAAAUCCUGCUGUAGCUGAAGGGAGGGAUUUUGUUCCCUUCCCAAGAGCGGCUGUGUGUUUCCUGGCAGUGCCCGGCAGAGAGGGGGGAACCUGCCAACAUGAGUGUCUCUGGGAAACAGCUGAGCAGCAGUCCGCAGGGUCUGUCUCCGAUUGUGCAGUUAAAUAUUGGUGGAGAGAUCUACACAACAACGCUAAAUACGUUAAAAAGAUGCUCAGGAUCAAAGCUCUAUGACUUGUUCAAUGGGCAGCCAAAACUUCGAACCGACUCGGAGGGCAGGUUUUUCAUUGACAGAGACGGGAAACACUUCAGAUACAUCCUGGAAUACCUAAGGACCAACCAGGUUCCUACUGAGUGUGUCAAGGAGGUGUACAAAGAGGCUCUGUUUUACGACAUUGAGCCCCUGGUGAAGAUAUUGGAGGAGUCUCCGGUGAUCUUUGGAGAGAUUGUUGGAAGGAAGCAGUUCUUGGCCCGUGUGCCCAACUACAGCGAGAACAUUGAGGUGAUGAUCCGCAUUGCUAGGGCCGAGGUGGUGGCAUCUCGGUACUCCAACGUCAUUGUUUGUGUUGCUAGGACAGAGGAUGAUGUAGGCAAGUGCCAUGAUGCUUUCAAUUCACUGCAUAUGGACAAGGAAUCCGUUGUAAAAUUUGGGCCCUGGAAAGCCUCCCCAGGGAUCACCGAUCUUUUGGACUGUAUUAAAGCAGACAUUCAGCAGAAGGGGUACAGUGUCACAUACAUGACUUACGUAGCAGACAAAGGGUUCCUUUCCAAGUCCUAUGACUACUUCUAUAAAUUUGUUUUCACAUGGUGGUAACAACAAUACAGGCAAAUCUACAGAUCUGGGCCAAAACUGGGUUCCCUUCGAUAACUUUUUGGCAAAAAACUAACUGAAUCCGAAGUUGGUGCUUCAUUUUAAUCCAGAUAUACAGAGUCUAGUGUUGUGGUUUUAUACAUAUAAAUAUUGAUGCAAAAGCUAUGAAAGUAAUGAAGGAAAGAACUAGGGGAAUAAUCAAAGGUGUCACACAGUAUAAGUUAUGGUAAUAAACUUCAAAUAUCUGUCCUUG